AUGUUCAGCAGAGACGAUAACCGUGAUGACGGGCGGGAGCAGCGUGCGGGCGCUGGUGUGCCGCAUGACGACGAUGAUGACUUCCGAGGGGCUGCCGAUAUUGCCUCCAACCAUGCCGGGGAUUCUGGCGAGAGCAGCUUCUUCUCCAGCAUCUUGCAGUCGCUGGCUCAAAACAAGCAGCAGGUGGUUGAGGGAGAUAUUGAUGAGGACGAUGCCGUUCGUAGCCACAACAAGUUAUUCGGCGACGAUGAUGACCAGGGGGAGACGAACAGCAGGUCCAUGGGGAGCGCGGCAGCCAUGCAGGCCCUGAAGAUGUUCAGUAGCGGCCAGACCGGGGGCUCCCACAGUCAGAGCCAGUUCAUCGGCGUGGCCAUGGCAGAGGCGAGCAAGCUCUUCGACAAGCAGGCGUCGCAGGGCAAGGUGUCCAACGACUCGAGCAAGGAGUCGGCCAUCGCGCAGGCCGGAGAAAUGGCGCUGAAGAUGUACUUCAAGAGCCAGGCCGGCGGUGGUGGGAGCAGUGCCUCUGGCGGCGCGAGCGGGUUGCUGGGGAAACACAGAAGUUCUUCCUUCCCAGACCAAAUACUUACCUCAACAAUGCCGUCCCUACCCGAGAGCUACAACACCUUCUCCCUCCCAGACAUAAAGUUCUCCCACCACCCAGCCUCCUCGCCAACCGUAACCCCCGUCAUCCUCGUCAUCCUCAACCGGCCCGAAGCCAAAAAUGCCUUCACAAGCGCCAUGGAGGACUCCCUCGUCACAGCCUUCACCCUCCUCUCGGCCGACCCGCGCGUCCGCGCCGUCGUCCUGACCGGCUCCGACCCCCUCAACAAGACCUUCUGCGUGGGCAUGGACCUCACCGCCUCCACCUCCACCUCCACGCCGUCCGCGGACGCCCUCCCCGACCUCCCCGGCACGGCGGGCGACACGCGCGACUCGUACCGCGACGGCGGCGGGCGCGUCUCGCUCGCCGUGUUCAGCUGCGCCAAGCCGGUGGUGGCGGCGCUCAACGGCAGCGCCGUCGGCGUCGGCGUCACCAUGACGCUGGCGGCGGACGUGCGCGUCGCCAGCGCGCGGUCGCGCGUGGGCUUCGUGUUCGCCCGCAGGGGCAUCGCCGCCGAGGCCUGCAGCAGCUUCUUCCUGCCGCGCCUGGUCGGGGGGUCGAGGGCCAUGCGCCUGCUGGCCACGGGGGACGUGGUGCCCGUCGGCCACGAGGCGGUCCGGGGCUUGUUCGCCGAGGUGGUCGAGCCCGGGGAGGUGGUGGGUGUGGCGGUGGGGAUUGCGGAGGGGAUGGCGAGGGAGUGUAGUGCCGUGAGCGUGCGGGUUAUGCGGGACAUGGUGUUUCGCGGGCCCGGGUCGCCGGAGGGGGCGCAUGCGCUGGAGAGUAAGGUGCUGUAUGACAUGUUCCGCGGGAGGGACUUUGCCGAGGGGGUGAGGAGUUUCAGGGAGAAGAGGGCGCCGAGGUUCGAGGGGACCGUCGAGGACGAUGCGCCGAGUGUGUGGCCGUGGUACGGCUGGAGGGAGAUCAAGGAGAGGUCCAAGAUCUAGAAGGGGAGGUUGCAGGGCGGGACAUUUGGGGAGGAGACAUAGAUCAUCACGGGACAUCAAAAGACAAUUUAUGACUUGAGGAACCUCUUUUU